AUGGACGACGAUGUGCGGAUACCACACGCCUCACGCGGACCUGCUGCGAACAUGACGACCGCCGGCACAAGGACGAAUGGCACGCGAGCCCAGAAUGGCGUACGAGUGGCCGUGAAGAGCGAGGCCAGCCCUUUCCAGGGGUCCGCCACGCCCAACGGAUCAAAAGGACAGUCGGUCUCGCGCAGCCGGUCACCCGACGACGAUGUACAGCCAUCACCUAGCGACGUCUCGACUCCAGACAUGAGCGCCGCCGCAUCCCGGCCAAACCGAAAGUCGUCGGCCAAGGCGUCACGGUCUGCGACGCCGUCUUCGAGGCCGAACCGGAUGCUCUUCGACCAGCUUCCCGACGCCACAGCCGAGGCCACCAGCAAGUUUCAGGUCAUUGAGGACUGCCUGUACGGCUCAAAGAACAUGGGCUCCUCAGACAACGAUGCUUUUGACUGCGACUGCGCCGAGGAACUGCAUGACGGGCGCAACAUGUCCUGCGGCGAGGACAGCGACUGCAUCAACCGCGCGACCAAGAUGGAGUGUGUAGAAGGUGGCUGCAACUGCGGCGACCACUGCCAAAACCAGAGAUUUCAGCAGAGGCAAUAUGCAAGCGUGUCUGUCAUCAAGACCGAAAAGAAGGGCUUUGGCCUCCGCACCGACGCGGACCUGCACCAAAACGAGUUCAUCUUCGAGUAUAUCGGCGAAGUCAUCAACGAGCCCACCUUUCGCCGGCGAAUGAUCCAGUAUGACGAGGAGGGCAUCAAGCACUUUUACUUCAUGUCCCUCACAAAGAGCGAGUUUGUCGAUGCCACGCGCAAAGGCAACCUGGGUCGCUUCUGCAACCACUCGUGCAACCCCAACUGCUACGUUGAUAAGUGGGUGGUCGGCAACAAGCUGCGCAUGGGCAUUUUUGCUGGCCGGUCGAUCCGGGCGGGCGAGGAGCUCGUGUUCGACUACAACGUCGACCGCUACGGCGCCGACCCCCAGCCAUGUUACUGUGGCGAGCCCAACUGUACCGGCUUCAUCGGCGGCAAGACCCAGACCGAGCGGGCGACCAAGCUCUCCUUGGCGACCAUCGAGGCCCUCGGCAUCGACGACCCGGAUAGCUGGGACACGACCGUGGCCAAAAAGCAGCGGCGCAAGAAGCCCAACGAGGACGACGAGGAGUACGUCAGCAGCCUGCAGCAAUCGGGUCUGGCGGAGGACGGCGUCACCAAAGUCAUGGCUGCGCUCAUGCAGUGCAAGGAGAAGUGGAUUGCUGUCAAGCUUCUGGCCCGCAUCCAGGCUGCUCGCGACGACGAGCGUGUCCUCCACCGCGUGGUCCGCAUGCACGGCUACCAGAUCCUCUGUUCCAUCCUGACUCUGUUCAAGGACGACAAUAAUGUCGUCCUGCAGGUGCUCGACAUCCUGUACAUGUUCCCACGCUUGACCAAGAACAAGAUCUCCGACUCCAACAUCGAGCUUGCCAUCAGGGACCUGUCGACGUCGGAGCAUGAAGACGUGGCUGCCGAGUCGAAGCGCCUCCUGGAGGAGUGGGACAAGCUGCAGACUGCCUACCGCAUCCCACGCAAGAAGUUCGACCCGAAUGCGCCGGUCAGUGCGUUCGAGGACCGUCGCGGCCGUGAUGUGCAGAACAACGAAAGCGCAGACGACACCAACACCCCCCGCCCGCGGCCCGUCUCGCCGCUGCACGGCAUGAACAUCCCCAAGGGACCACGGAGCAACAUCCCGCAGCGGAACAGCAACUUUUUUAUUAACGGCAACAGCCAUAGCAACAACGGGACGCCACGGAACCAGCGGAAGCCGAUGAACAACAGCCAGACUGCCACACAGAACCUGCCGUCUGGCUGGUUUAGUGCGACAGACCCCAAGGGCAACGUGUACUACUACAACAAGAGCGGUGCAACUACAUGGAAGCGACCCACGGCGCCUACCGAAAUCGUAAGGGGCCUGACUAAAGCUCAGCAGGAUAUAGACGCUGUGCAGGAUAUUAUCGACCGCCUUACAAAGCAAGCGCCGCGGCCAUCCAUCACUCACACCCCGCAAGCCGCCAAAACACCCGUCCAGGAGCCGAAAAGCGAACGGUGGCGGUCUCUACCCAUCGAAAAGCAGCAGAAAAUCUACGAAAAUACUCUUCAUCCCCAUAUCAAAUCUGUCACCGAUCGGUACCGCAACCGACUACCCAGAGAAGAGAUCAAAAGGCUUGGCAAAGAUAUCAGCAAAAAGAUUGUUGCCUCGGACUACAAGAACAAUCGUGUGGAUGACCCCAACACCAUUUCACCGGCACUGGCCAAAAAAAUGAAGGUGCACGUUCACGAUUACUUUGAGCGGGCCGUCAAAAAGUACGAGGAGCACGAAAAGAAAAAGGCUGGUAAGGCCGACCGCCAAGACGAUGGCGGCGGAAAGCAAGCGGCGGCCGCUGUGUUUUCUGCGUCUGGCGACGCAGUCACGGGCAGCAAAGACACAGAGAUGGCGGCUGUGACAGACUCAUCCUCUGCCGCGGCAGCCGGCAGCAAGAACCAGAACAAGGAUGAGGAUCUCGCCGCUCUCGACGAUAUGGUGCUGAGCGACGAUGACGGGGCCAAGCCAGCCACAGAUGAUGCGACGACGCUCUCUCCCGAAACAUCGGACCGGAAACGCAAACGGGCCGACAGCGGCUUUGUUGGUGAUACAGGCAGUAGACGAGAAAACGGUGCUCCUAUUGGAGCAUCACCCAACGGCACGCCAUCCGAGACGCCGUCCAUCAAGAGGCUCAAAGACGAAGAGGCCAACGCCGGUACCCUGACACCACCCACGCCGCCACCGCCGCCACCUCCACCCGCCGAAGACGAGGAUGAGCAACUUGCAGCAGCUCGGCGGCAGCGGGAAGAGGAAGAGGAGGCACUGCGGCGUGAGAACGAGGACGCCAUGCGCGACUUUGAAGAGCAGACAAAACAAAAUGGCCCUGCCGGACAAGUAUCACCGGUUGCCGUGAGUGGCGCAGGCGGACAGUAA